CCAGGCUGGCCUUGAAUUGACCUCCCCGGUGCUGGGAGUACAGACUCAGCUUAGGCGCACGCUCUCCUCCCAGCUCCUGGAACUAACUGGGCAGUGAUGGAGGAGACAAGCUUGAGGAGACGGAGAGAGGAUGAGAAAUCCAUCCAGAGCAAUGAACCCAAGACCACAAGUCUCCAGAAAGAGGUGGGUCUUCUCAGCGGCAUCUGCAUCAUCGUGGGCACCAUCAUUGGCUCCGGGAUCUUCAUCUCCCCCAAGUCUGUGCUGGCCAACACAGAAUCUGUGGGGCCCUGCCUCAUCAUAUGGGCAGCCUGUGGAAUCCUUGCUACGCUAGGUGCCUUGUGCUUUGCAGAGCUUGGCACGAUGAUCACCAAGUCGGGGGGUGAGUACCCCUACCUGAUGGAGGCCUUUGGCCCCAUCCCUGCCUACCUGUUCUCCUGGACCAGCCUGAUCGUCAUGAAGCCCUCAUCCUUCGCCAUCAUCUGCCUCAGCUUUUCCGAGUAUGUGUGUGCAGCCUUUUACUCGGGCUGCAAGCCUCCUGACGUGGUCGUGAAACUCCUGGCUGCUGCCGCCAUCUUGCUUAUCACUACAGUGAACGCCCUGAGCGUGCGGCUUGGGAGCUAUGUUCAGAAUGUCUUCACGGCGGCCAAGCUGGUGAUCGUGGCCAUCAUCAUCAUCAGCGGACUGGUCUUCCUGGCCCAAGGAAAGACGAAGAACUUCCAGAAUUCUUUUGAGGGCGCACAGACCUCUGUGGGUGCCAUCAGCCUGGCAUUUUACAAUGGACUCUGGGCCUAUGAUGGGUGGAAUCAGCUCAACUACAUCACUGAGGAGCUCAGAAACCCCUACAGAAACCUGCCCAUGGCCAUUGUCAUUGGGAUUCCUCUCGUGACCGUGUGCUACAUCCUUGUGAACAUUUCCUACUUCACAGUGAUGACCCCAACAGAGCUCCUGCAGUCCCAGGCUGUGGCUGUGACCUUCGGAGACCGGGUUCUCUACCCAGCAUCUUGGGUAGUCCCACUUUUUGUGGCCUUUUCAACCAUCGGUGCUGCUAAUGGGACCUGCUUUACAGCGGGCAGACUCAUCUAUGUGGCGGGCCGAGAAGGCCACAUGCUUAAAGUGCUCUCGUACAUCAGUGUCAAGCGCCUCACGCCUGCCCCUGCCCUCAUAUUCUAUGGUAUCAUAGCCACCAUUUACAUCAUCCCCGGUGACAUCAACUCCCUAGUCAAUUAUUUCAGUUUUGCUGCGUGGCUGUUUUAUGGGAUGACAAUCCUAGGACUCGUUGUGAUGAGAUUCACAAGGAAAGACCUUGAAAGGCCCAUCAAGGUGCCCAUCUUCAUCCCUGUCUUCGUGAUUCUCAUAUCGCUUCUUUUGGUGUUGGCCCCGAUCAUCACUAAGCCAGCCUGGGAGUAUCUCUACUGUGUAUUAUUCAUACUGAGUGGACUUAUAUUCUACUUCCUUUUUGUCCACUACAAGUUCGAAUGGGCCCAGAGAAUCUCCAGGCCGGUCACCAUGCACCUGCAGAUGCUGAUGGAAGUUGUCCCACCAGAGAAGGACCCGGAGUAAAAUGUCCAUCACUUGUAGCCCAAAGCUGCAAUCAAUUUAUUUUUGUAAGCAAUUUGUGGUUAUUUCUUCCUAGUGUUUUUCUUUUGCUUUUUCCCCCCCAGUUAUUAGAAUCCUUUAAAAUCUUU